UAUUCGACCAUAUAUAAACGAUACUUCAAGCGAUUCGGUUCACAUAUUCGCUAUAGCCCUAAGUUCAAGAGAAAGUCGCCACAGAUGACCGUGGUUGCAGCCAGAGAUUUAAAUGCAAAAAGUCUUAAUUUAAUUAAAGAAGUAGAAGGAUGGAGGGCUUGUACAUAUAAAGACGUUGCCAAUAAAUUAACAAUCGGUUAUGGACAUCUAAUUGUGUCAAGAGAUGGCUUCAAAGCGGGAUCGUGCAUUUCGAAAGAACAAGGCGAACAACUUCUUAAAUCUGAUAUCAAAACGGCCACUAAUUGUAUUGGUCGACUUGUGAAAAAACCACUUACGGAUAAUCAAUUUGGUGCACUUACUUCGUGGGCAUACAAUGUUGGUUGUGGUAACGCUGCGUCUUCCACUUUAGUUAGAAAAUUAAAUGAAGGCAACAAAAAUGUAGUAUGCAGCCAACUAAAGACGUGGAGAAAAGCUGGUGGAAAGGUAAAUCAGGGCCUGAUUAAUCGUCGUUACAAAGAAUGCAAACUGUUCUCUUCAUAAUCGCAUUGAAUUAAAAAUUGAAA